AUGGAUCCAGCGUUCGAGCCUGCGCCUCCCCGACCCGUCCAGGUCGCUGCAGCCCAGGCCCAGAUCAUGUCCUCCAGCUGCUUGCGGAGCUUCCAGCCGGACCGUAGACGCGCCCAGCUGGCAGAACAAGCUGAGCACAGGAGAUUGAGGCUUGAAGCUGCAAAAACAAAGCGGGAGCUGUCGCACCAGGAACUGGAAGAGAAGACACUGGCUGACAUAGACCGCUAUCUCCAAAGAAUGGAGCACUAUGAGCUUGAGAAGAACUCCAGUCGUUCGGGUGGUCGACGACGCCCGCUUGCGUCAUUGACUCUGGAGCAGCAGCUGCAGGAGCGCCAGAAGCAGUUUGCAACCAUCAUGGCAGCUGCUGCUUUCUGUGCCGGCGCCGUCAAGGCAAUGGCUGGAUUUGGUCCGAUCAGCCAGGCAUGCCUAUCCAGGUUCAACCGCAUCAGUGUCCAAGAGAAAGGCAUUGCGGCAAGGCCUUUUGCUUGUGCUGUGGCCAUCAAUUUGUGGCGUUCGCACUACGCUGAAGCAGUCCGCGUUCGACUAACCUGCAAGCUGCAAGAGGCAUCACCACUGUCUGAAGCAUCACGGACGCCAUCAAGCCCCACACGCAGCCCUUCGCGAAGGUCCUUAAAAGAGUCCGCCGACAGGAGCAUCAUGCAGAUGCAGCUCCCUCUCUUAGAGAAGUCCGAGGCGCUUCCAUUUAUGUGGCGCUGCCAGCUCAUGGAGGAUAUGGUCGUGAACCGACUGCGCCUCCGACGAGCCCGUGGACACGCGCGCUGUCUGCUCGCAGCACUCCGCUGCUGGCACCCCUUCCGUGCACUGCGGAUGAUGCGCGAUGUCGUGGCAAAGAUCCGACGCCUACAGGAUUUCCUUCGCAGCGCACUCAUCCGAUUGAAGGCCACGAGGGUGGCACUGAAGGUGCAGAUGCUUCAGAUUGAGCGGGAUCUGGUCGAAAAGGAGCUGGACGAGGAACCGAAAGAGGCAAAGGAUUCCAAGGAUCUUUGCCGGCGGAUGUCGUACAAAGCCUUGGACCAGAAAUCUCAAGAUCAGACCAAAGCCCUUCUUCCUGACACUUGGCGGACGCAGGCAGUAAAUUCUUUAUUGCGGCUUCGAAGACACGAGCAAUUGCAGCUGCUGCAAGAAUGGCGAAUGGACAUGGCGACUUACCACUGGGAGGUGCAGGAAUGGCGGAGAGCGCGCUCUGCAUUGACCUGCCCCAUCAUGCCUCCUUAUCCGACGCAUGUGCCGAGGAGCAAGGAGCUGGCAAAGAUCAUUUGCGAAGCCCGGAGAAAGUGCAGCUGGGUGCAUGUUUGUUGCAGGUUUGCAAUCAUGUACAUGAUGCCAGGGCUUGUCGUUUGGCUGGCGAACUUCUGGGAGAACAUCUGGGAAGCAGCCACGAACGGAUCUCAUGUGUGGGGUGGCGGGUGGGCAGUGAGCAGCACAAAGCGACAGUUGCCGCUCAAAACGUCGUUGAAGAGCCUGGUAGGAUGGUGGGCGGAGCGGCGCACAUGGGCCCGUGUGGCAUUUCGCAGCAACAUCGGGUACUGUAUGGGGCAUGCAGCGAUUUGGGCCGCACUCGUUGUCUGA